AUGGCCGCCAACAUCGAGCAGCUCGACCGACGGGCCAAGGCGAUGGAGCAGGGGCUCACCAAGCGCGCCGACGGCGAUGCCUCGAGCGCAGAGCUGGCGGCGGUGCUCCAAGAGUACCGCGCUGCCUGCGACGCCCUCCUGCUGGCCGACUUCGCCCACGCCGCGGCCUCCGACACGGAGCUGAAGCUGUGGGCCGCCCACCUCCGGGUCAAUGCCGUCUUCCGCCAGGAACACAGGCUGCUCAAGCGCUCCAAAGACCACGUCGUCGAGAUGCGCAAGUUCCAGAAAAACUACCUCCACUUCAUCAAGGCCAGCCAGCGCUUCUACCGCCAGCACGUGCUGAACCUCGACGCCCAGUUCGACGGCAUCCCCGAGCUGCGCCGGAUUGCCCAGAAAUGGAAGGAUGACGCUUCCAAGCCGUCCCCGCGCCCGCGCAUCCCCGCCGCGCUCAACAGCCAGGUCCUCAACUCGUGCCACCAGACGCUGAUCCAGCUCGGCGACCUCUCGCGCUACCGCGAGACGGAGCUCGUCGACAAGGACAAGGAGCGCAAUUGGGGCCCCGCCAAGGGCUACUAUGGCCUGGCCGCCGAGAUCUACCCCCACUCUGGCCACGCCCACAACCAGCUCGCCGUCAUCUCGCGCGAGGACGGCGACCACUUCCGCUCCGUCUACCACCUCUACCGCUCGCUCGCAAGCAAACUGCCCUAUCCGCAGGCAAAGGCAAACCUCGAGACCGAGUUUAGGCGCAUCAUUGCUGCCUGGGACAAAGGCCAGCUGAUCAACAGCUCAAAGUCCCCCGAUGGCAACACGGUCGGGCGCGCUCUCGUGGCUUGGUUCGUCAGACUGCACAGCAAAAUCUACAAGGGCGAGGAGUUUGCUGCCCACGAUGAGUUGGAGGGCGAGGUCCUCAGCCACCUUGCCAUUGAGCUCAAGGAGCGCCCCUUGGAUUCUAUCCUGUCCAAGAUCAUACUCAUCAAUCUUGCAGCCGAAUACUUUGCGACUGUGCAGAUGCAAUCCUCUUCUCCACCCCCUCACAUCAUGCGCACCUAUUUCUACUACCUCCGACUCAACGUCAAGACCUUCUUCAUCCUCCUCCAGGUCCUGCAGCCCGAACUCGAACGUCUUUCCGGGGCCGAUGAUGUCACCCAGCCAAACAACGAUCGCGCCACGCAGCUCUCCGACAAAAUCACCGCCGUAGCCCGCCGAAUCCUCCCUGGACUCCGACUGUACAGCACGUGGUUCGCGCGGUACUGGCAGGUGCUCAAUGCGAACAUCGCCGACACUCUGACCACGGUCGACGUUCAAGAGCUUUGGAAGGCAUACGCUGCGACGCUGACGCUAUUGACUUCGAGCUUCCCAGUCGACCAGCUACCUCAAGAGAACUACAUGUUGGAGGAAGACACGGAAACAAUUGGCUUCCAGCCAUUGAUUUCCCCAGACACUAUGAAGCUGUGGUACAAUGGCGAGACGAUGAAGCAGAAGUGGACAGACCUGGAGCGAAAUCAUCCAAACGUUGAAAUGCUCAUGCGGGUCAAGGACCUGCUGAUUGACGGUCUCGUGCUUACGCAGAAUCCGGAUGCACCGCUGGACCUGGCUGGAUCGCGCUUCAUCUACCGAGAAGAAGGGCUUCCUUCUGAGCUAUUGGCCAGUCCCAGCAACCAAGCAGAUGGCUCCCCCAUGAUUUCGCCACUGCCAGUCGAGGUGUCAAUGUUUCCUACGGAAGUGCCAAUUGCCGAGGAUCAGAAGACGCCGAGCGUUGCUGCAGCUUCGGACUCGGCAUCGACUGCACUGGCCAAGGACAACGCCAUGCACCGAAUGGUCGACGAUUUGGUUGGAGCAGACGAUGGUUUGGAUCCCCUCCCCGAAGAAGACGAGGACAUACCGCCGACACCACCCGAACAGACUUUCGAAGACACGGCUAUCGUCGGUGACGGCGUGUAUGCACCAGCUCCCUUCUCAAUCAGCGAUCUGGUCAAUUCGGUAAAGAACUACAAGCCCCUGUCACCUGCCCCUGGACCGGCUAUGCUCUCUGCGCCAAUGCACAGGACCGGGUCAACAGCGUCGAUUCGUCAGCCACAGACGUUGCCUUUUGUUCCAGAUGGACAGUGGAACACGGACUCGAUCUGGAACCGGAGCUACAACGGUACGCCAGGCCCCUCGUCGCCUUCGAUGCUGCAUGCGAACGGGAACGGGAAUGACGUGCGCAGACCGUCGGCGACGGGUUUGGCAUCGUCGGGAAUGAAAGGACACGUUCGAGGCGACUCCUCCAACUCGCUCGUGAGCUCCGACGUGGUCGAUUCAGGCACAGUCCGUCAUCCGCAACCCAUCAGCGGCGGUCUCGGCAGUGGAGCAGCCUGGGGGAACCCCACCGUCAACACGUCUCACUGGGGCCCGGCGUACGGCAGCAGCUUCAACAGCAGCCAGAACGGCGGCUUCAGCGGCAAUCAGAGCGCAAACUACAACAACAUCCACAUGGCCAGCCCACUUCUGUUCAGCUCGUACCAGGACAACGCGCACAGCUCUUGGGGCCGCACGCCGCCGAACGGCCAGGGAGGUUGA